UUUUUUGUUCAGUUAUAAAAUAGUUUAAUCUUCCAAGAUGAAAUCCGUAAUAUUUAUAAGUUUAUGCAUUCUGUGGAUGUCCCUUAAUGUCGAAGCCGCGUGUACGACGAGUGUUGAAUGUCCGACGAGCUACCAAUGCGUCAGUGGGACUUGCAUUGCGUCCAGCUUGGUAAACGUUAACAACUUAGUUGGAGGAUGCACCAGUGAUUUCGAGUGCUUGAUAACUCAACGCUGUAGCAAUGGAGUUUGUGUGGCGUCGAAUACCGCAGAUUCAAGUUCUGUUUGCAAUCCAAACCCUUGUAAAGCAGUAUGCCAAUGCGUACCUUCAUGCCGACACGAAAACGGCUUUUAUUGCUUGAGUUCUUUAGUGAAUUUGGGCAGACUCUGUACUAUCCCUUCUCCACAAUUGGAUUGUCAGAGCAACGCAAUUAGAAUCGAUGUCCCGGAAGAAAUGUUACGAGAGUAUGGUGUCGGUUUGCCAGACACCCACAUUUUUAUGGGAAGCUUACCACCAAAUCGAAUGGAUCAAAGAAACGGACCGGCAAACCUGGGCGCAUGUGCCGCAACGACCGCUUCUGGAGGAUUUCUUACCAUUACGAUGCAGCUGCCAUUUAAUACAUGCGGAACACAAAUGGCACCAGACUCCGAGAAUUCAAACGGUCAGGUGUUCACCAAUGAAGUAUGGUUAAACACAGACGGCGUUUUAUUCGAUGUACCCAUUCCCGUAUUUCGGUGGUCAUGCACCUACAACUCGAACUACAAAGUUCUGGCCAGUAUACGGCCUACAGUUGGGCCCAUAAGGAUCGAUAAAUUGGGGACGGUAGUCCAGCAGGCCAGCGUUGAGCUGUGCAAGGUAGCUUCAGCGUGUCCGGGCUCCUGCCCACCGCUAUACAAUGUCAAUAAGGGUGCCGUGUACACUGUAUCGGAAACCAUCCAUGCUUCCAUCAGAGCAGUGCGCGACCAAAACAAUAUCGCGGCUGUUACUACCGUUUACCUAAAAAAUCUAUACCUAUCCUGCAACCGCGACCCCGGCUCCGUGGAUGUGUCUUUGGUCACCAACGGGUGUGUUGAGAGCGUGUUGUCCACUUCAAUAAGUCUCAACGGCGUCGGCAGCGUUGUUUGCGUUUCUUUUAGAGUUCCACGAAUGUUAAGCUGUCAAUCUUUCUACAUCCACGGAUCUCUUGCUUCCGGCACCACACCGAUAGGCUGCUCGGCCAGAUUUAGAUCGGCAACGUCGGAAUCCGAUGCAGAAUCCGUACCCGAAGUUGAUGCUGUUUCCCAGGAUCCAGAUGUCGAGUCCGAGCCUGUCAGCAAAAGAAAACGUCGGUUUGCUUCAUCAUUCCGUUUAAUAGACCCGACAAACCAAACCGGCGUUAUUCGAGUCGGACCCAUUACUAUAAUUCGCGGUAACAAGGGUAAAGCUCACUUUGAAGCUUUUCCAGUGGGCUCGGACAUUUCAAAAAGGGGCGUUAUGGUAAACAAGCAAACCACAUUGACAGAUCCACAACCAGCAUCCCCAGCUUUUUCACAACAGGCUGCAGUUCUUGUCACCUCCAUCGUCGGAGGUUUUGCUUUGUUAAUGUGUUUCAUUUCGUUAUAUGUGUACUUCACCAGAGUACGUACAGUUUCCAAAUAAAUUAAUUUUCCUUUC